CGAAAGUGACAGCUGUAUAAAUGUAGCUCGUGAAACCUUUGCAUUGUCAGAUGCGUUUGAAUUCUGCUGGAUCAGAAGGAGCAGCACAGCAAUGGAACCCGAGCGAGAACCCAGGCGUAUCAGGGAAGGAUAUCUCGUCAAGAAGGGUAGCAUGUUUAACACCUGGAAACCUAUGUGGGUAGUCUUGUUAGAAGACGGAAUCGAAUACUUUAAGAAGAAGACAGACAACAGCCCUAAAGGAAUGAUUCCUCUGAAGGGAAGCACCUUUACAAGUCCCUGCCAGGAUUUUGGUAAAAGGAUGUUUGUCAUGAAGCUCACUACUGCCAAGCAACAGGACCACUUCUUCCAAGCCUCUCAUCUCGAGGACAGAGAUGUCUGGGUAAAAGACAUCAAGAAGGCCAUUAAGUGCAUUGCGGGAGGUCAACGAUUUUCUAGGAAAUCUACCAGGAAGUCUAUUAAGCUUCCGACAACCAUCAACCUGGGUGAACUGUAUCUCUCAAUGAAAGACCCCGACAAAGGGAUACGAGAAAUGAAGCUGGAAAAAGACAAGAAAAUUUUCAAUCACUGCUUUACAGGUAGUUGUGUGGUUGAUUGGCUCCUGUCAAACAACUCUAUCAGGAAUCGCCAAGAGGGUCAAAUGUUGGCAUCUGCCCUGUUGAACGAAGGUUAUUUUCAGCCUGCUGGAGAUAUAUCCAAGAGUGCAGUUGAGGGCCUGUCAGAAACUUCCUUCCUUGACCACGAAGACGCCUAUUACUAUUUUGCAGACAGUGGAUUCUUCAGUGAAGGGAAUUCCAGCGACGAUGAUGGGAUUUUCAAGGAAGAAUUCAGAGGCACAGUGAUCAAACAGGGAUGCUUACUGAAACAGGGGCACCGGAGGAAAAACUGGAAAGUACGAAAGUUUGUCCUGAGAGAAGACCCUGCCUACAUGCAUUACUACGAUCCUGCAGGGGGGGAAGAGCCACUUGGAGCCAUUCAUUUGAGGGGUUGUGUGGUGACAGCGGUUGAAGAUGCCCCAGAUGGCAAGAAAAACGAUGUUGGGGGGAACCUGUUUGAAAUCAUUACCGCAAACGAGGUCCACUACGUCUUGCAAGCAGCCACCUCGACAGAACGUACAGAAUGGAUCAAGGCCGUUCAAGUGGUUUCCAGGACUGGAAAGUGAAGAAAGAUAAACUCUAGCAAAAUACUAGUGCCUCUUGUUCAAAGGGUUUCCCCACACAACUGGCUAACUGUAGCCUUGUUCUCGUUCACGGAUACCAGGGUGGUUAUAACUCUGAAACUUUUAUUUGACAAUAACCUGUCUUAGAAUUAGCACAGUAUUUCAUAUGCUUGUUCGCUUUCUAUACCUCCCCGUUAUCCAAAACAGGAUCAUUUGGCCUUGUCACAACAGUCUGUAAAGUUUUCUCAUGUACCACCAAGUAAAGUAGAGCUACUUUAAAGCAGAUGCAUGACUAAGAGUUACAUAACCCUUAUGAUUUCUGCAUAUAGUAGUGGUUUGGGGGGAAUUGUUUCUAAAAUGAGUUUUGUAUUUUAAAAAAACCCUAAUCCUCUUCACAUAUAUGUGUGCCUGUAAGAAGACCCAACUGAAAUAAAUGGAGUUCUAUUUGAUCUAAUAGUAUUAGAACUACAGCUAAUGUCAUGGAUAUAUAUAUAUAUAUAUACACAGUGGUACCUCUACUUAUGAAUAACUCUACUUACGAAUGUUUCUACUUAUGAAUGGAGCUCCAUCCGCCAUCUUGGAUGCGGUUUAGAUAGGAUUUUUUCUACUUACGAAUUUUUAGAUAGGGUUGCUUCUACUUACGAAUUUUUUCAACUUAUGAAUGUGCGUUCGGAACGCAUUAAAUUCGUAAUUAGAUGUACCACUGUAUGUAUAUAUAUGUAUAUAUAUGUGUGUGUGUGUAUAUAUAUGUGUGUGUGUGUGUGUGUGUGUGUGUGUGUAUAUAUAUAUAUAUAUAUAUAUAUAUAUAUAUAUAUAUAUAUGAAAAAUGAACAAACUUGCUUUUCUGUCUGUUUCUUUCUUUCUUUGAUGAGCCAAUGAGAAGAAUGAUGAGGAUUAUUAUUUUUAAAAUACAUACAUAUACUGUAUAAAAAUACACACACACUGUCUCACCCACACCCACAUCCACACAGCCAGCACUACUGUGGUCAUUAAACAGGCCACGAGUAUGGCUUGUAACUUUAACCCAAAGCUGUAACCCAAAGUUAUAAUGGGGAACUAGAGCUGGCCCAAGACACCUUGCUUCCUGAGGUGAACCAGAAAAUGCACCCCACCCAGAACUGUAGUUUGUCAAGGGUGUUGGGUUAGAGCAUAGAUAGGAAUAUCAGGCUCAUGGAGUCUUUUUUACUUUAUUUAUACUUAUGCAUCAUACAAUUAAACACAAAAAAACCCAAAUCAUACAAAUAAACAGAAUAAAGCCAGAAAUAUAGAUACAAACAUAAUGACAUGAACUGCAGUCAAAAAUAUAAGCACUAUACUCUCCUAAGAAAAAGGAAAAAGAGAAAAGAAAAAGAAGAAAAUAAAAAAUAAAAAUAAAAAGGUGACUUCUAACUAACUCCAUGU